UGUAAUUUUUUUUUAUAUUUUAAUAUUUAAAAUAUAUUUAUUUUAUGAUUAGUUGAAUUAAGAUUAAAACUGUGGCUUGACUAUUAAGCCGUGAAUCAAUACCUCAAUCAGUUUAAUAAUCAAUUCGGUUCUCAUAACAUUGCUUUUUAAGGGUUUGUUAGUCACGUUGGAAUUAGGCUAUUAGGCUUCCAUGGAGAUGGUAGAGAGGGUGGCAAGGCAGUGGUGAGGAUUACCACGGAUCUUUGACUUCGUCUUCCCCGCUUUCUCUUCGUCUGUCUUCUCCAGAUUAUUCUCUCAUCUUAUCUUCACGAUUUCUACUUCGUCUACUUUGCGAUUUUGUCUUCUUCAUUGCACCUGCCUGGAGCCUGCGGCAAUUUUUGCUUCUUCUACUUCGUGAUUUUUGAGAAGAACCACGUUUUUUGUUUUUGUGGUGUUCACCGAUUAUCUCAGAUUGUUGCUGGUUUGUGCCUUAGAUUAUCAACGAUUUUGAAUAGAGAUUUGCUGGUGGUCGGUUCUGGUCGGUGUGGACUGUGGAGGGAUCAUAUUCUGUUUUGGAGGGUAUUUUAAUAUGCUCACAUUAUAUAUUUUAUAUUAAAAAUUAAUUUAGACUUCCAUGGACCUGCUAAGCAUUUUUAAAACCAAGUUCCAUCUCCAUUUCCUUUGAAACCGCUCCCACACACCAAAGGAGCUUCUGAACUCUCUACACAUGUGCGUCACAACUCACGAGCUACGACAAAAUCAUGCUUAUGGAUUUUAAUUAUUUAGAAUUUAAACUUUAAAAUAUUAUAAUUUGUGCUCUCAAUAAUAGUUGAUUAAAACAUGUACUUCUAAAUAUAAAAAUUUGGAAUUCCUUCAUUCAUUCAUUUAUUCUUUCUGAGAAAUUUCCUUCAUACUCAGACUCAGUGGAAUCUGUGUGCAAUCCGUUUCGGCAUUUACAAUCUAUUGAUGUACAGUUGCUGGCACGUCUACACAGAAUUGUGAUUUUCAGACGGACGCCAAGUGGCAAGUGACGUUGCAUUGUUAUUUAUUGCAGAUAAGAUCGAAUCAAAGAUUCAUUCAGGAAUCAGGAUCUACUCUCUCUCUCUCGACUUCCUCAAAUUUGCUUCCAUUUUUCAUUUCUAAUUCUGCAGUUGUUUCUUCAUUCCGAAGGUUAACGUCUGGUCUCUCGCUCCCAGCAUUCACCUCCACUUUUACAGGACUAUAUAUCAUUCAGACUUUACAAAUUUUCGAUUUUAGUAUCUGAAAAUUUGUUGUGAAUAACUAAUUGGUAAAAAAAAGAUAUAAAUGUCAGCAACGUAAUAAUUCUCAAGGGGACCGAUCCGAGCUCUUUAAUAACAGGAGGGAAAGUAUUUUAUUAGAGAAGAUGCUUCUACAUGCAAAAAAGCAAAAUACUUGCUCUUCAUUGUCGCUUUGUGGAUGAUACUUUGACUUGGCGCGCGCGUGUGCGCGGAGAGUAUCCUAGUCCUGGAAAUAAAAUAGUAAAACUAGCCAGACCAUACAUAUUAUAAUACAGAUUCUGAAUAUGUAUCUCUUUUUCAGGCCUAAAAAAUAAGAAAGUUAAUCCAUGAUUUGCCGCUACUAUUUUUGUCUUCAAUCCAAAUACGCAUAAAAUCCAACCUUGUAUUUUAUAUAGCUUGUCGCGGUUCCCACGUCCCUCAUUAACUGUUGUAUUCCAAUACGCAUUAUAAUAUGAACAUGGCUCGCUGUGUGAGCUGUGUAUUUUGAGGCCGUUUUGUCGUUGCUAGAAAGUCAAGCCCAUAUGGUCCGAAGCUAAUUUCUGAGCGUAAUAUCAAUCCUCGAUAGUCGGGGAAAAUCUCUUUGAUUCGUUUCUUUCUAAAGUUCGAAACUUGUGCUGAGAAGUAAAUUUCAGAAGAAACGGGAGCAUUUGAAAAUGGUCUUCUCACGGAUUAUUAUGCUGCUAUAAUGUUCUUGUGAGUACUGAUUUCUCGUCAGCGUAUGACUUGGGUUCGUCCACAAUGAAGCUAAGAAAUGAGAAUUUAGUUAGGUUUUACGACGAUGGUAAACAGAAACUAGAGCUUUCCUUGGAAAAGCCAUUGUCAGUAUAUAAGGUACACGCAGCCGUAAACUCUGAAGGCAAAAUUGGGAGUGGUGAUAAGAACAGAAUUAACCCAAAAAUCCCUUCUCUCGGAAAGUUUAAGGUAUUCCCGGAAAACCAUGAACCUUGGAAGAAGAGAAUCCUUGAUCCUGGAAGUGACAUAUAUUUGCAGUGGAACCGGGUUUUCCUUUGUUCUUGCAUUCUAGCUCUAUUUGUUGACACUCUGUUUUUUUACCUGCCCUCGGUGGCAAAUGAGGAAAAGUCACCUUGUAUGGCUACUGAUUUGAAUAUUGGAAUUGUAGUGACAUGUUUCCGAACAUUGGCUGAUAUUUUCUAUCUGCUUAACAUGCUCAUAAAGUUCAGAACAGCUUAUGUAUCACCAAGUUCAAGGGUUUUUGGGAGGGGCGAGUUAGUCAUGGAUCCGAGGCUGAUAGCAAAACGGUAUUUGAGGUCAAAUUUCUUCAUAGAUCUUGUAGCUACACCACCUCUUCCUCAGAUCAUGAUUUGGUUUAUUAUGCCUGCAAUUAGAAGCUCUCAUGCUGAUCACACCAACAAUGCUCUUGUACUGAUUGUUCUGCUUCAAUAUGUUCCCAGAUUAUAUUUGAUUUUCCCCUUAAGUUCUCAGAUUAUCAAAGCCACUGGUGUAGUCACAAAGACGGCUUGGGCUGGAGCUGCUUAUAAUCUUUUACUUUACAUGCUAGCUAGCCAUGUGUUGGGAGCAUCAUGGUACUUGUUGUCAAUUGAAAGGAAUGCUACAUGUUGGAUAUGACAAUGCAAAAAUGAAACUCUCCCCAUAAAAUGUGUUCUUCAAUACUUGGAUUGCAGUACUUUAAACGAUGAUGAUCGUAUGAAGUGGGUAAACACUACUUCAUUGUUUGAUAACUGCAAUCCAAAUAACGACAUCAGUUUCAAGUAUGGCAUUUUUGGACCUGCAGUUGAAAGCAAUGUUGUUUCCUCACAGUUUGUAGAAAAAUAUCUCUAUUGUCUGUGGUGGGGCUUGCAAAACUUGAGUUCCUAUGGCCAGAAUUUGAGUACAAGCACAUUCAUUUGGGAAACCACAUUUGCAAUACUUAUAGCUAUUAUGGGUCUAGUUUUGUUUGCUCACUUAAUUGGAAACAUGCAGACAUAUCUGCAAUCUAUUGCAGUAAGGCUUGAGGAAUGGAGACUCAAACGACACGAUACCGAAGAAUGGAUGAGACAUCGUCAACUCCCACAAAAUCUAAGAGAACGAGUUAGAAGAUUUGUUCAAUACAAGUGGCUUGCAACUCGAGGAGUUGAUGAAGAAGCUAUCUUGCGAGGCCUUCCCAUAGACUUGCGUAGAGAUAUCCAACGCCACCUUUGCUUAGACCUUGUUCGACGUGUCCCUUUUUUCUCAGAAAUGGAUGAUCAGUUACUUGAUGCAAUAUGUGAGAGAUUGGUAUCAUCCUUGAGUACUCAAGGCACUUGCAUUGUCCGAGAAGGAGAUCCAGUCACAGAAAUGUUUUUCAUAAUAAGAGGAAGACUUGAAAGCUCGACUACAAAUGGAGGCAGAACAGGUUUCUUCAACUCUAUUACAUUGAGACCAGGUGAUUUUUGUGGAGAAGAGUUGCUAGCAUGGGCAUUGCUUCCAAAAUCUACUUCCAAUUUGCCUUCUUCUACAAGAACAGUGAAAGCCCUCGUGGAAGUGGAAGCCUUUGCCCUGAGAGCUGAAGAUCUCAAAUUUGUUGCCAAUCAGUUUCGCCGUCUUCACAGCAAGAAGUUGCAGCAUACCUUCCGUUUCUACUCUUACCACUGGAGAACAUGGGCUGUAUGCUUCAUUCAAGCUGUUUGGAGAAGGUACAAGAAGAGAAUGCUAGCGGCCAGCCUUAGUUUGAAGGAAUGCCGCUCAUUCACUUACUGUGAUGAACAGAUUAGUGGUGUGGUGAAACAUGAUGAGGAGGACCCUCAUGCUGUGACUUCAUGUGCUAAUUCAUUAGGUGUCACUAUACUUGCCUCAAAAUUUGCUGCAAAUGCAAGGAGAGGAGCUCAGAAGAUCAAGGAUCUUGAGAUGCCUAAGUUGCAAAAGCCUGAAGAGCCUGAUUUCUCAGAGGAAGCAGAGGAUGAUUAAAGGAAAUAUUGAGAAUUAAGGAAGAAGGUCUUCCUUACUUCUCAUGUUUGCGCAUUAGUUGCUAGUCACCGAAAAAAAACAAAAACAAAAAACAAAAAGAUCAGUGGCAUAUUCUGAGUUUGUCUCUCAGCCGGUAAUUUUUCUUUUUUUCUUUUUAAAUAAAAUCUGGAAUGUCUCAGCAUACUGACCAUAGGAAUACAAAAGCCGGCUCCCUAGCUCUUGUAAAUAAGAAUCACUUCACAUUCAACUUGAACUUCA